GUAAUUGUGACUUAUACGAAGCCAAACUGUAUUGCGUAAUUAGUGAUAAAAAAAAAAAAAACUGUAUUGUAAUUUCUUGCGUCGUCUCCUGCGAUUGUUCAAAUGCAAAUCAGGCCGGGAUCCACAAAUUUUUAUACGUCUACAUCAAUUCCCGUUACAAGAAAAGGCUCCUGACAAUUAUCUUGUAUAUGCGAUAUGUGAUAUAAUUAAAUCAAGGGAGAGUCUGCAGAGAUUAUGAUCUCAGCGAUUUUAAUCAGUAAUUUAUCUUCAAAUGGUCCGCGGCUGCACUUAUUCGCAAGUGCACAAACUGUAUCUGUCGUAAGGCCGCGAGUCAUUCUCAGCUACUUUUUCUCCGUCCAUUUGAAUAAUUGCAAAAUCAUCCUCUCUGCCCUAACCUGUACCGUCCGCGUAGCAGCAGACUGAAUUAAAAACUGGCAAGAAAAAUUGACAAAACCAAAGGAGACUGACAGAGAAAAAUCUAGAAAGCGAAGGGCAAGUACGUAGAGAUUAGGUACAAUGGAUCUCAUGAAGGUGAAAAAUUUAAUACGCGAUCUACCUCUGGGGCCUCUCCACAGAUACAGACAACAGGCCACAUUUGAUUGGAAAUCGCUAAAACUCAAGUUUCACGGUGAGGCUGUGUUGCAAUACAAGAACAAAAUGUGGUCAUACAUGGAAAACUCACCAGUUUUCCAACCUCACGUCACCUCGCAGACAGUGGACGCACAGCGUAGAAGCUGCCAUGCAAAAAUGCUUGCCAUGCUCAAAGAUGACCUGCUGCAGGCUCCUACUGAAGUUCCUAACGCUGCUUGGAUCGAUACAAUGUUUCAAUAUGAUGGAUCACUACCUGUAAAAACUGCUGUCACCUUUGGCAUGGUACCUGGAGUGGUAUUUGCGUUAGGAACAGAACGACACAGUGAAUUUCUUGAAAAGCUUCGAGAGGGUGAGAUACUCGGAUGCUUUGCUUUGACAGAAAUAUCUCAUGGAACAAAUGCUAAGGGUAUAAGGACAAGGGCUACCUAUGAACCGAAGAAGCAAUGCUUUGUUCUUCACUCCCCAGAUUUUGAGGCUGCAAAGUGUUGGGUUGGGGGACUCGGAAAAUCAGCAACACAUGCUAUAGUAUAUGCACAACUAGUAAUGCAUGAUGGUACAAAUCAUGGACUACAUCCGUUCAUUGUACCUAUACGUGAUGUCCGCACCUUAAAAUCGCUACCUGGGGUAAAAGUUGGAGAUCUUGGAGAAAAAAUUGGCCUAAAUGGAGUAGACAACGGUUUUGUGCAAUUUACUAACUACGUUAUACCACGAGAAAGUCUUUUGAAUAAAAUGGGUGAUGUUACAGAAGAUGGGAAAUAUGUCACACCUUUCAAAGAUCCUAGUAAACGAUUUGGAGCAUCAUUAGGGGCGCUUUCUGUUGGGAGGGUAAACAUAAAUGUCAUGUGCACCGCGUAUCUAACUGUUGCAAUAGUUAUUGCAGUUAGAUAUUCAGCCGCAAGAAAACAAUUUGGACCUCCCAAGGAGGAAGAAUGGCCAGUUCUUGAAUACCAAAUUCAGCAACUUCGACUUUUUCCACAUUUGGCAGCUGCCUUUGCUUUAAAAAUAUUCUCGUACCAGUUCAGCAUUAAAACAGAGGAUUUCCAAAUCAAAAUGAUAAGCGGAGAAGACAGAGAUCUCCUUGCUGCCGAGGGUCUAGAGAUUCACGCACUGUCCUCUGCAACAAAGCCUCUCUGUGCAUGGACUGCUCGUGACGCUAUUCAGGAUUGCAGAGAAUCCUGUGGGGGCCAUGGAUAUUUAAAAGCGUCUCGCUUGGGCGAUUUGAGGAAUGAUAAUGAUGCAAACUGCACUUACGAAGGAGAGAACAACGUUCUAAUCCAACAAGCUAGCAACUGGUUACUCAAUCAGAGAUUAUCUAUUGAAAAAGAUGAACCUCUUCUAUCUCCACUUGGCUCUAUAGACUUUCUACCAGAUGCUCAAAGUAUUCUGCAGCUAAAGUUUACCAGCACUACCAUCGAAGACACGAUGAAACCUGAGAAUCUACUCAAAUCGUUUAGGUGGCUGGUUUGUCAUUAUCUUGAAAUAACAUACGAGCGUGUAAAAGAAUUAAGUAGUAAUGAACAAGAUUCUUUUUCGGUGCGAAAUAAUAGCCAAUCAUUUUUCGCUCGGACUCUGUCACUGGUAUAUGGGGAACAUGCGAUAAUAAAGGCCUUUGUUGAAUAUCUGCAAGAUCCUAAAUGGAGCAUAGAGGAGCGAAAAGUGUUGUCCAUAUUAUGCUCACUAUACGCAGCUUAUUUGCUUGAACGGAGACUGGGUGACCUAUACGCAGGUGGAUAUGCAGCACUAGAUUCUAAAAUUGACAUCUUGUUACGCGACGGCAUAAUUUGGCAAUGCAAGGAACUUUUGGUAGAUGCUGUUUCGCUUGCCGAUGUCCUCGCACCACCAGAUUUCAUCCUCAAUUCGGCACUGGGCAUGUGUGAUGGUCAGAUAUACAAGAAUAUCGAACAAUGGAUUUUAAAGGAUAAGCAAAAUCUUGAGCGGCCGUCAUGGUGGAAAGAAAUUUUGCAGGCAAAAUUGUAAGAGUUUUCUGAUACAUAUUCGUAGCGCAAAUUUACUAUUAACAUUCGUAUAAUUCAAUUUUUAUACAAUUUUAAUAUUUUUAUAUAAUUAUAUGCCUGGGGUCCUUUAAUUCUGUACAAAUAGGUUGACAUGAAUAUAUAUUAAUUUAACAUGAAGUUA